AUGGUAUCACUAGUCAUGCUUGCGGUGCUCGUGCUGCUGCCGACAACAAUUGCCACGGUGACUACGGCUAGAAGAAACUGUCCCAACACUUGUGGUUCUGAAGUGAUACCUUACCCGUUCGGGCUAGAUCCUUCGUGCUCCUUGCCUGGUUUCAAUCUCACCUGUGCUGUCGACAAGAACACCAACGAGAGUUCUCUCAUGCUGGGGAUGGGCAACUCAAUCCUAAAGUUGUCUCAGGUUUAUGUGGAUGCCAACUUCAACCUCUACGUGAACACCAUUCUCUCGUACUCGACGAAAAUGAUUCCCGGCGUCCGCGACUACUCCAUCCACUGGGAAGCUCCAGCUAGGCCCUUUGCCAUAUCUGGCUCGUCAAACAUGUCCUUGUUCGUUGUCGGCUGCGAUGUCACGGCCUCGCUGUACAUUGGAAACUCGGCCGUUCAGGUCGGGAACUGCACUGUCGUCUGCGCAGAAGCUCAAAUCAUGGAGAAGCUACCUGUGUGGACAUGCGAUGGCAUGGUUGGCAUCGGAUGCUGUUCCAUCGGCAUACAGGUGAACCUAAGGGCGUUCACUCUCAACAUCUCAUGCAUCAUUGAUUCUCCACGCCCCAAACAAGUGCAAGCUUUCAUCGCCUACAAUUGGAACCCAACAUUCAGGCCGAUUGAUGCCUACUCUGGGUUAUUAGAGCGAUACGUUGCUCAACUGGAUUGGUCUAUUCCAUACCAACCAAACUGUAAGCAUGCCAUAGAGGACAAGGACAACUAUGCCUGCGUUAGUGACCACAACAAGUGUCAGGACUCGCCGAUCGGUGGAUACCUCUGCUACUGCCAGUCAGGCAGGGGGAAUGCUUACAUUGAUGGCGGCUGCCCUAAUCCUCCAGCCGCUCCAGUAUAUGACUCCCUUCAGCCAAGAACGAAUUGUCCUACAUCGUGCGGGAAUAUGAGCAUCCCGUUCCCCUUCGGUAUAGAGCUUGGCUGCUUUGCAAAGCCCCAUCUCUACCUCGCAUGUACACCAGGGACGACCAUUCUUCUGGUCCUUAAAAUGACUGCUCGAAAGCUCGUCACAGACAUAUCUAUUGACGAUGGUAUCUUGCAAGUUCGCGAGGUAUCAGGGCCAGGUGAUUUCAUGGCUGGUUCGAACACGGACUCCACGCUCUACGUAUCAUCUGGAAAAUCAGGCGUGGUGAAGUGGGCUAUUGAUAACAUGACAUGCGAGCAUGCUAUGAACAAGAGCGACUACGGAUGCGUCAGCACCCAUAGCGGCUGCAUUGAUGUAACGGACGAUACAACACUCAAACAUGUAGGUUACCGGUGCAAGUGCUCUCCUGGCACAAAGAUAAUCAGAGAUCUUACUGUGCUAUUUACAGAUACCAAUGAGUGCCAUCAGCCAGAUAAAUGCAGGGGUAUCUGCCAGAAUAGUUUCUGA